AAUCCGUCGGUCCCCUUCCGCUACCCUAAUUAAAUUGAAAUAAAAUUGUAGUUGUGGUGAACGACUCAACUCCUCUUUCCCCUCACCAAUCAGCAUCCGACGCCGUCAGCCUCCAACCACACCCAAACCCUUCCGCUGUCAACCAUGCUAUUCGCUCACUGCCUCUGCUCUUCCGGUAUUCAUCUUCGCCUCCAAUAGAUCCGCCUCGAAGAGCUGCUUUUCUCGGAGGGAGGGGAACAAAUGGACCAACCUCUUCUCGACGACAUAAUCAAUCGCCUUCUCGAAGUUCGCGCGCGUCCCGGCAAGCAGGUGCAGCUCUCCGAGUCCGAGAUCCGCCAGCUCUGCGCCGCCUCCAGAGAUAUUUUCUUGCAGCAACCUAAUUUGUUGGAGCUUGAGGCGCCUAUUAAGAUUUGCGGUGAUGUACAUGGUCAAUAUUCUGAUCUUUUAAGGCUUUUUGAGUAUGGUGGAUUACCUCCUGAGGCCAACUACCUAUUUUUGGGGGAUUAUGUGGAUCGAGGGAAGCAGAGUUUGGAAACGAUAUGCCUUCUCCUAGCAUAUAAAAUAAAAUAUCCUGAGAAUUUUUUCCUUUUGAGGGGUAACCAUGAAUGUGCUUCUAUUAACCGUAUAUAUGGGUUUUACGAUGAGUGUAAAAGAAGGUUCAACGUAAGGUUAUGGAAGACAUUUACAGAAUGCUUCAAUUGCCUGCCUGUGGCUGCACUCAUUGAUGAAAAGAUUUUGUGCAUGCAUGGGGGUCUUUCUCCUGACUUACUUAAUUUGGAUCAGAUUAGAAAUCUACAGAGGCCCACUGACGUGCCUGAUACAGGUUUGCUUUGUGAUCUCCUCUGGUCAGACCCUAGCAAAGAGGUUCAAGGUUGGGGAAUGAAUGACAGGGGAGUUUCAUAUACAUUUGGUGCUGAUACAGUUUCAGAGUUUCUUCAAAAACAUGAUCUGGAUCUUAUUUGUCGUGCUCAUCAGGUGGUGGAGGAUGGGUACGAGUUCUUUGCUAACCGACAGCUUGUAACAAUAUUUUCAGCACCUAAUUAUUGUGGGGAAUUUGACAAUGCUGGGGCUAUGAUGAGUGUUGAUGAGACACUAAUGUGCUCUUUCCAAAUAUUAAAGCCAGCUGAUAAAAAAUCAAAGCUCAACUUCGGAAGUACUGCUACUACUAAGCCAGGAAACUCUCCAGCCGGUGUAAAGUCCUUCCUGGGUACAAAAGUUUGAAGUUAAUUUUGGUGAAAUUGCUGCCACAACCGGUCAGCUUGGUCUUGAAGAUGCAAUAGUUGCAAGAAAAGGAAAGUAGAGUUCCAUUUGGUCUCCUAUGAUAUUUUCAAAUUGUAAAAACAAAGGGAAACGGCAUGAUGAAACAAUGUAGACCGUUGUUUUCCACUAUUACAAAUUUGCAUUUUGAGGUGGACAGUCAUAAUCUCCUCCCUUGUUUUCUUUUGUACACUAAUAGCUGGUAUAUGUUGUUCUGAGUUGUAAGGUUCUCAUAAAUUGAUGUGUACAUCUGCAUGUGUUCUGAAAACUAAUUAAAAAUGCCCUUACAAUUGGUGUAUGAAUGGCAGUGAAGCUGGUUAAAAUGGA